GUGGGGGCGGAGACGGCAGAGCUGCGAUGGCGGACUCGCUGCCCCUGGAGAUGCUCACUUAUAUCCUGAGAUUCCUUCCUCUGUCAGAUCAGAAAGAGGCCUCUCUCGUGAGUCGGGCUUGGUACUAUGCAGCCCAGAAUGCCCUUCGGGAGACAAAUGUGCGCUACAACAUUCCUGUGUCCUCUGCUUCACUCUCGGUCAUCAAGAGUUUGGGCCUCAGGGGCAUUUCAUGCAUCAGUUUGAUCAAUCUGGAUGGCUCGCCAGCUUCGCACCAGGUACUACAGUCUGUUGCUUACCACCUAGGCCCACACCUGGAGAGUUUAUGCCUGGGUGGGGGCAGCCCUACAGAAGCAUCCUUCUUGGCCCUGAUCCUGGGAUGCCCGGCCCUUCACACCCUUGAUCUCAGUGGCUGCAACAGUCUCUUUACAUCAGGCACUCUGCUGGCUCAGCCUGAGACAGCACAGUGUGUCCGAAAGGCAUUGAGUGGCCUCCGUGAUCUUAACCUGGCUGGCCUGCGUGACCUGACUGACCUCAGCUUCAACCAUCUUAGUGGUUGUUUUCCCAGCCUAGAGCGCCUCUCCUUGGCCUACUGCCGUCUUACCUUUGAAUUAGGCCCAAACUGGGGCUCCGUUAGCCCCCAGGUUUCCUCUUCCUCCCAGUUUUCCUUCCGUAACUUGCUACAGUUUGUCAAGGAACGAGCUGGUAGGCUACGUGCCUUAGACCUCAGCGGUACAGGCUUGCCACCUGAGGCCCUGAAAGCCCUGGGCCAAGUGACUGGACUGCAGUUGAAAGAGCUGAGUUUGCACAGCUGUAGAGACCUCUCCUCAGAGGCUGUGGCCACCCUGUGCCGCCAGCAGCCCAGCCUUACUUCAUUGGACCUUAGUGGCUGCUCAGAACUGACUGAUAGGGCACUCUUGGCUGUGAGCCAAGGCCUACGACACUUGCGGCACUUGAAUCUGAGGAAACUGCAGAGAUUGACCGACGCAGGUUGUACAGCCUUGGGGGCCCUGCAUGAAUUGCAGAGCCUGGACAUGGCUGAAUGCUGUCUGGUGAGCGGUCGGGAACUGGCCCAGGUCCUAGGCUCGGUUCACAGAGCUCCACCUGCACUGACUUCCCUCAGGCUGGCUUACUGCUCUUCACUAAAGGAUGCCUCAGUGCUUUCCAUGAUCCCAACACUGGGUCCAAGCCUCAAGGUGCUAGACUUGUCCUCAUGUGUGGCCCUCACUAACCAGACAAUGCAGGCCAUCUGCACCUACCUUACUCACCUGUCAGUCCUGCGCCUGGCUUGGUGCAAGGAGCUCCAGGACUGGGGGCUUCUGGGCUUGAAGGAGCCAAAGGAUGAGCCUGCACUAAGUCCCCAGCUACAGCAAGCUCCAGACCCACAGGGCCACUCCCUGAUCAUGCUUCAGGCCCUGCAGGAGUUGGACCUCACAGCCUGCAGCAAGCUGACUGAUGCCAGUUUGGCCAAGGUGCUCCAAUUCCCUCAGCUGAGGCAGUUAUCAUUGAGCCUGUUGCCAGCAUUCACAGACAUGGGCUUGGUAGCUGUGUCUAAGGGCUGUCCCAGCCUGGAGCGCUUGGCAUUGAGUCACUGCAGCCACCUCAGUGAUGAGGGAUGGGCUCAGGCAGCCAGGUUCUGGCCAAGGCUGCAACACCUCAACCUGUCCAGCUGCAGUCAGCUCACAGAGCAAACUCUGGAUAACAUUGGGCAGGCAUGCAAGCAGCUUCGAGUGUUGGAUUUGGCCAUGUGUUCUGGUAUCAGCAUUGCAGCCGUCAAGCGCUUUCAAGCACAGCUGCCUCAGGUGACCUGCAUCCAGUCUCGCUUCGUGGGAGGGGCAGAUCUGACCCUAACGCUUUGAGGCCAGGUCAGUAACUAUCCCUGAAGCUCAUCUGCCUUCACCAGUAUAAGCCCUAGCCCAGGCCUCUGGACUUGAGUUUGCCCCAGUGCCUCCUGCCUUCCCCUCCUCUAGAACCUUUUCUAAGAUUCAGGAUGGAGUCAUUCCAGGAUAUGUGCAGCACCAGAAUACCCCACAGAUGGCAGCAACGUCUUUCCAGCUACACUUGCUGCCAUGGGCCCUUUAAAGGUCAGACCCACAGGUGAGCUGGGCCUGGUGCUGGGGCAGGCCAGACCCUGGCCUCCUGCCCACCACUACUCAGGCCUAAAGCCUUUGUUCUGCCUGCUCCCCAGGGGGCCUCUUCCAACCCUCCUGAGCUUUAGCAGUCAGUCAAUCCAUCCACUUCAUUGUAAACCAAAACAAGAUUAAAAAUUCCAGAUUUUA